AUUAGUAAUACGCUUAUUAAAUGCGCACACAAGUUUAAGCGCAGGCAAAGAGAACAGAGAAGAUACAGUACGGUGAAUAGUAGCGAACGAGCCUCAUGUAAUGUAAACAUCAUCUUCAACGUGUGAUCGCGAUAACAAGGUGCGUGUACGUACGUAUUAUGCGUAGAUCUACUGCUUGUUUUGUAAUGAAGAAUUGAGAUCAAUGUCGUGGAACUGAGCACAGAAUGACGUAAUACCAAUAUGGAUUCUGCUUUGUCAUUGGCAGUCUCAUUAACAUGCUACUAGACGUAGUACCACACGGAAGAUUCACACGCCGUCCUGCGUUCAGCUAAUCUUCAAGCUAAGAGGAUCUCUUAUAAGCACUGCAUCUAGACAUCUUCCUUAUCUUCGACAGUGCGUGAGCACGCAUCAGGUGAUGCGAAGUGCGACCGGCCACACAUGACAUCAGGCAUAUUUCAUCGCUAUGAUUUACAGCUUCGGAGAUGUAUGCUUCUUUACAGCGCUCCCGUACGCCCGAUCUUCCACCUUUUCUCGGUACCGUCCAAGCAAGAUUGCAUGCAGAAGUAAGUCAUCAUGGAGUCUCAGAUAAUCACCACUAGUCUAGAGUCCGAUCAAAAGAACCCUACUUUGCAGGUGGUUGCUGAUCAACCCGCUGUUGAUCUCGACGAUGACCGGUUUGUGAUCACGGAUAAACCAGGUAGUGAUGACGGAUGGAUAGAAGACUCUGACGAGGAGGUUCCCGCUCUGCGAAAGCUCUCCGACGUCGAGCACGAAAACUUUGAUGAUGUCGAUAACGAUUCGGAGUUCCACUAUGAUGAAAGUUUCCUGUCGACAGCUGAUGACUGCGCAGAAGAGUUUCUGGGUCUUAACAGCGCAGAUGAGAUAGCGAACGGGACAGAGUCAACGCCUUAUACAGACGUCUAUUCAUCCACUCAGAGAAGUGCACCAACUUCCGUCGGUAAGGCCAGUGUUGUUCAAAAUCAAAGUUUUGCUGUUAAUAGUUGUCAGGACAGAGUCGAGGUAACUGCUAGUGGCGAGGAUUCCGAUAAAACUGCUAGUGCCGAUGAAACCGCUAAUGCCGAGGAAGGAAAAGGUGAAGUUAUGUUUUAUGGAGAUAAAUUUAGCAAGCGCGAAACCACGUCACAAACGCAACAAAUCAAAACACUGGUUGGUAAGCAAGGUCACGAGGCAAAGGUCAAAGAGGGAAUCGAUGAUUCGAUCGAAAGCAAACAAUACUGCACCAUGAAGUUGGGACGAAAGGAGACACGCGGGUCUUCUAUGUUAGACGAACUACUGUCCUUCCCUGAGUCAAAAAGAGCAGUAUUGCCAGUUUCUGCGCUUCCCACAAGAGGGGUUAAAAAAGCGCGAAGAAGGAAAACGGGUGGUAAAGUGGCUUUCGCAUUUGAUGUCAAGGAUCGAAGUAAUAGAUUGCGGCAGACAAAGGUUUCAACACCUAAAGAAAUGGCUUGUGAAUCUGAGACACAGAAGCCUGGUGAAGAAGAACUCACGACAAACCCGAAUCUCAUUCCCCCCAUGCCAACUAGUCAGAUGUGUACUUCUUCUCGCAGUGAACCCACACGGUGUUCAACCCCAUCUACCACAUCUAUCACAUCGAGCGCUUCUCAAUGUUCUAUUAAACCGAGGACUGUACCUUUAAAAGUGGAUGUGAAGGGGAUUUAUCCCAAGGAUGGCAUUUUAUUGACAAAUGUGUCUACCCCAUCCAGCGCCUCUAGCAUAACCCGUGCAGAAAGUAGCGUAGGACGUGAAGGACUCGCAGGAGAAUCUGUGGACUGUAAAGGACUUGAUACAACAAGGAUUAAUGAUGUUAUUCGUAAGAACUCUGAGUUAAAGACAACGACGUCUGAAUCACUUCCAGAAACAAGUAACCAGAAAACGUACCUAUUCAAAGUCCAGGCGGGAUCCAAAGCGGGCAAAGCCGAUGAUAGUAAGACUUCCGGUCUGUUUUCAGGCGAUGAAGAAGGUCGGAAGAAACGUUAUACGUCAGUGGACGAGUAUGUUAAAGACCUGAAGCUUAUGAUGAAAGAGAAGGGUAUCAAGAAUAUGGUGCUGCAGGGUCCAAAGCAGGUCAUUAAUGAUGUAACAAAGAGGUUGAAUGAUUCGGACAAGAAGAAGGUCCUCUUUCGACUGGGUGUACCACAAACACCUGCUCAAGAAGGGAUUUCUAUUUUGCGGCCUUUAUCGAAGGUGAAAAAGUCUGCUCCCGCAAGUUGCGCGACUCCUUCCUUGAUCGAUUCACAGAUGAAUAAACCGCCAUUGAAACUUGAUCCCUCCAAUACUGGCAACGUAUCGAAGGUGAAAAAGUCUGCUCCCGCAAGUUGCGCGACUCCUUCCUUGAUCGAUUCACAAAUGAAUAAACCGCCAUUGAAACUGGAUCCCUCCAAUACUGGCAACGUCUCGAAGGUGAAGAAGUCUGCUCCCGCAAGUUGCGCGACUCCUUCCUUGAUCGAUUUACAAAUGAAUAAACCGCCUUUGAAACUGGAUCCCUCCAAUACUGGCAACGUAUCGAAGGUGAAAAAGUCUGCUCCCGCAAGUUGCGCGACUCCUUCCUUGAUCGAUUCACAAAUGAAUAAACCGCCAUUGAAACUGGAUCCCUCCGAUACUGCCAACGUAUCUGAGGAAUCAGCAGCGAAAGAUGACAAGCCUUCAGAGUUUAGCAUUCCUGCAAAGUGCGCGUCAUUUACCCCAGAAGUGAUCACCGUUAAAUAUCCUACGCCAGUGAGCGUCGGAAACAUCGCAGAUGAAGCUCAAAGUUUGCCAGCCACUACGUCGAAUGUCUUCAAGGCACUUUCCAUUCUAAAAUUGGGUCAACCCGAUGAAGACCCAGCUGUCCCGCUAUCAGCACCGAUAAGCAGUGCCCGUCCUACAGACCAUGCGAUCGAAGGUAUCAUUAAAGCAAGGAUGGAUACAAAUAAUCCGACAGCUGGAAACACUGUGAUUGAUUCGCUAGGAACGGUUAUUCCAUCAAGGUUGACACACGCACCACCAUCUACCGAUCAAACAGCUUCAACCCAACAGACACAAAACUCUACUCUUGAGAAAACGAAAACAGUGACUGCUGGCUGUUAUAAACCUCUUGCCGCGAAAGUUGCCUCCAACGCUGGGGAAGGAGAAACUCGCAUCACAAGAUCUAAGUCACGUGCGGCAACAGAGACAAAACGCAAGAGUGUAACAGAUCUCGAUAUAGCUAUGGCACCACCUUUAAAGUUAGGUGAUAAAACCUCUGCUGUCGUAGGUGAUCAAGACGGUAUGUUACGUUUUCGGGCGCCCUCUCAGUCCUCACCAUCAUCAAUGUUACCGUUCGUGAUGAAUACUUCCGAUAAGACAGAUGGUACCUUAGUGGGACCGUGCGUCUCUUUUGUUGGUUUACCAAGAUUACCAAGAACAUCUGCGCCUUUGUUGCUACCCAAAAGGACGAAUCUAGUCCGUUAUGUUGUCCUUGGCCCCGAUGGUCAGCGGAAAAUAUUGCAAGUGCCCGGAGGAAUCCCUGUUCUAGUCUCAAAAGCCUUAUCAGGUCAGACCCCGUUGAUACAUUGCAAUUCUAAUCUUAGUAUAGGUGCUUAUACAGAUAAUUCCGUCCUAGGAGAUUUGUCGGCUACCAAAGAAGUGGUCGAUGUCAGAACCGAAGUUCUGCCAUCUGGCGCCAAAGUGAAAAUAGUGAGAACGAGAACUAAAUCUUCACCAGAACAUGUUGAAAGAAAUGUCAGGACAGAUCCUAAGAAAAUAGUAAUAUUAGGAGCUAAUGAAUCCCCUAAUAGUGGUAAGAACAUAGUAUCCCAGCACGAUGGGUCGUUUGUAUACACUCAAAAAUCAACCACGGCAAUCAACCAACUUGAGAACAAUCCCACGGAAAUUGCCAGAGACCAUGAUAAGACUAUAGCUAAUAUUGCCAGAGACCAUAAUGAGACUAUAGCUAAACAGGUUUCGCGGAGUUCUGAACCAUGUGACGGACAGGAGGGUACAUGCGAAUCCACAGAGAAUAUUGGGGUCAACUCACCCAGCCCACGGAGGAGUCGGCGCGAGAGGAAAGUCACAAGGCCAUAUUCUCCGCCGCCUCAGAAGAGACGGAAAUGUACAUCUUCACCAUCAUCUUCGGACUUCGACGUUUCAUCUGCAGAGAUCAUCUGCUCCUCUCAACAGCCGUCACCUAAACCGUCUGCUAGUGCAGUGGUCGUGUUGAAGAAAGACAUCGAACUUCCGCACUUGGUCAGGUUAUCGGGUAACACUACGGUUGAAUGUAUAAAGGAGGAAGAUGGCCAACAAGAUACUCGCACUCCUAAGAAGGUGUUAAAAAUACGCAUCAAAUCGGAACCGCUGUCCGAUGACGACGAGCCAAUGAACCCUGCCGAACCCAGUCCGAAUCUUGCCGAAAACAAGACGAUCAAACCCGAACCGGAUACUGACUCUGAUUCAACAGACAUUCCAACUGAUCCGGAAGAUACCGAUGAUGAAUCUUGCCAUCCGAGUGACAAACCGACAGGACUUCUUGCCGAUGCGAGGCCAGCCGAUGGGACUGGCGAGCUCCCGAAGAUUUCCGAUUCAGAGUAUUUGUCGCGAGCCGAGAAAAUGCGUCUUCUAAAGCAAAGGAUUCAAGAACAGGAGUCGAUGCUUGAAAACAUUCAGAGACAACGGCAACAACAAGUGAUGCAGAGACAAAACAAUCCUGAUUUAGAAGACCUUUUCUGAUUAAAAAUAUUCGCAUAUCUUGUCGGUACUGCUGAUUAUAAAGUACUUAAAGGGUGCCUGCUUACAAAAAAAUGGGCCAUCGUGAAAUAGAUAUACUCCAGUAACUAUACUUGUUGUUCCAUACCGUCUAAGGAUACCACCCACAAGAGUAGACUGACAACAGGCCGAUUAAAGUCACAUUUCACUGAAUGGCCCAGAAUUGGUCCGUUUGGAUUCGGUGUGACGUCAUGACUGAGGUAUUGCAUUCAACUCGGUAUUACUGUUGUCAAUUUUGUGUUUGUAUCACAGUGCAUAGCUCGAAUAUAAUACUUGAACCAGUUUACAUACACGAGUACACAUUAUACAUGAUGAAUGCUUCUUCUCUCACCAUACCUCGAUCACACCGCUAACCGACUCCAUACUGGAUCCAAACAGACUGAUUAUCGGAGAUUCGGUUUGAUAUAUUUUUGGUUUCGUUUACUCUGUUGUCUGAUGUGUAUAAAAUAUAAAGUCUUUGCAUUUAAAAAAAAAAAUCAUAGACGAAGUUCGUACAAUUCAUAAGGCGGAAGAAAAGUGUAAUACUUGUUAAGUGCCGUGUUUGUCACUCUUUUGUCGUGCAUGUACUAUAUAACAAUAACAUACAUGUACUAUUCCAUGCUUGGAAUUUAAAUUGUAAAUUGAUCUAUGUUGUUCACAAAAAGCUGCCUGCUGGGGUAGUUACUCGUAACCGUGAAUAAGUCUUACUUCUUGGAAAUCCCAUUGAAACGUGCGUUAUAGAAUUAACGCACGUUUCAAUGGGAUGUCCACGAACCUAGACUUAGGACGUUUUCGAGAAACUGGCCCCCUGACCUAAUUUAUUGUGAUUGACAUAACAUGUCGCACUUUGCCCAUCAUUAUUAUCAGUAUUAGUAAAUGUUGACAAUCAAACUAAUAUUUUGUUAUGGUAGGUCCAUGGUCUAAGCUAAAAGGGGUGUCCCUUUUAUACGAACUUGCAGGUAUUUUUAAAGAGAAGGUUUAGUUCUGGGAAGAGGUGAACAAUAAUUUUUGUGAGCGUUAUCCUUGUAUUGUGCAAGUGUGGAAGAACAUCAGAUAAAAUAAUGUUCCCUGAAAAGCAUGGCUCUUCAAAUGCCUUAAUAUUCGAAAUAUUGGAAGUAACAUCAUACAAAGCGGGACGUUUUUUAUGCCACAUGUUUGUGUAGUCCCAUAUACAUCUUUCUGUGUACAGUGCUUGUAACUUUACCAAGACUGGGCCAAAUUUCUUAUCAUUUUGAUGACUCCAGAGCCUUGCAGUAGACCUACACAUCAAUACUUAUAUGAUACAGGAUCAACCUUCUCUAAACGAUUCCACAUGUUUCUUUCACAAUUCAAUUGCCUGACCAGAACUCAACUUUAUCCUUAAGUUCUAUCUCGUGUAGAACACUGUUUGCACCAGUAUAAUUACAAGCUUCUGUCGAGUCUACAGCCGUAUUCAAAAAGAAGAUACUUCUCAAACAGUUCAUUGUGUAUUCCUUCAAAUUGUGUACCAUGUGUUCAAUAUUGUUUGUAUCAGUUUUGCCUGUAAGUCUUUGAUACCUACACUUAACUAAACAACUUCAUACCCUUACCAAGUUUUGUAAUUUUGUUAAGUAUGUGAACGAUUGAUUUGUCCCGAUUUAUGCUUCUUGAUAAAGCCACUUUUAAAGCUUUACAUCUAAAAAGUAUUCACAAGAGUUACAAGAAAAAAAAGGAAGCAAGAAGGGUUACGAACAAUUUGAUUGUUAACUGUACAUCAACCUCAUAAGGCUAUAGAGUUUAUUUUCACUUUGUUACUAUUUGCCUUUUACAGGAUGUUUUAACUUUGUCAUUUUCGUUAUCUCGAGUUCAUUUUACAACGUUUUUGUUUUUAUCACGAAUUCAUCAGAAAAUAUGGGUUAUAUUUGCCCUCGUCAGCACAAUGUUUAUGGAGUUCCAUGAUAGGUUGUGCAAUUAUUGGUGUCGUUUGCUUUUUACUCACAGUUUAGGAAGAGGUACAAUUUUAGAUGGAAAUUGUUUUACAGGAUUAAAAAAAAAUAAAACAACGGAUUUUUUGUUUAGAUGGAUUUUUCCCCCACCAUUGCAACCCAUCGUUUGUCCUUUAUGGACUCGACAAAAAGUUUCUUUGUGAGCUGAGUUACUUUCGAUACCAUACAUUCAUGCGUUUUGCUGUAUAUAUUUAUGAAUUUGUUUUCUUCAUUGGAACGUAUCUUUUCGCGGUAACUAAGAUAAUUUUCUGCCUCAUGCAUUUCAUCAUUUUUAUGUUUAAAUAUAACUACGGAAAUUUGGACUUGUUGCAGUCUUAUGUUAUCGUAUUGAUAUACAGGAACAGUACCACUUAUACGGUACUCCCACCCUUGGCUGCCCGGCAAUAGACAAUACACUGUUAACCACAUUAGGAGACAGUCAACAACAAUGUUUUGAUCAUAAGUUUGGAAUUACCCCAUCUACGGCCAAAUUUGCAAAAAAUUGCAAGUGCAACGGAUUUUCCAGAAAAAAGUAAAACCAAUAAUAAUCGUAUUUGCAAUGCCUUUGCUCCUUAAUGGUUUUUCCUUUCCUACCCCCUCGACCCUCGUUGUUUCCUACUGGUAACGGUUGUUGCCAAUUCUGUUUGAUGGUAGGGGUAGAGUAAAAGUUAAACAAAAUUAGCUCGUAUGUAUCUCGUGUGGGUAUACAAUAAUUGUUACUUUACGUAAUAUUUCGAAAGUUAUGAUAUUACUCGUGAUCAUCAUUCAAAACUAGGUACUAGUUGUCCCAUCAGGGGAGUGAGGUUUUCAUUAUAUCUUCCAAAUCUGUGAUAAUUAUUAUGAAUAGAUUGUUUUACUUUACUGGUUGUGUUUCUAUCGUAUUUUAAUUAUGUAAUGUUUUCUCAGUUGCUAGGGAUGUACUUCCUGGCGUCUAUUCUUACCUUCCGACGGGCAUUACAAAGUACCAAAUUCAACGAAGCUUGAUGUUUUUGACGCAUAGAUGUUAUUUAAUUGACCUCGCAAUCAUAGUAAUUAUACACAAAGUACUAAAGAAGAAUGUUAUAUAAAACCCUUGUGUUGUUUGUAUACGUUA